AUGGUCGAGGCCAAGGAUGCAAGGCGCCUCCGGAUCGGGGUCGAUGUCGGCGGCACCAAUACCGACGGUGUGAUCCUUGAUCCUCAGGCUGCGUCGACACCUGGCAAAGGCAUCUUAGCAUGGCACAAGGCCCCGACGACGGCAAACCCCAGCGACGGUAUCAACAAUGUCAUCGAUGCCAUGUUCCAGUCCGCCAAGAUCAGCCCCAACGAAGUGGCCAGCGUCACGAUUGGCACCACGCACUUUGUGAAUGCCGUUGUCGAAAGAGACGCAGCCCGACUGUCCAAAGUGGCUGUUGUGCGGCUCUGCGGUCCCUUUUCGAAGCACGUUCCUCCCUGCGUCGACUGGCCAGACGAUAUGAGGCAGCUGAUUCUCGGUCACUCCUCGCUGCUCAAGGGGGGACUCGAAGUCGACGGCACCGUCAUCUCGGACAUUGACCCGGCUCAGAUCAGAGAAGAGUGUGCUGCGAUCCGCAGCAAGGGCAUCAAAAGCAUCGUCGUCAACGGCGUCUUCAGUCCCAUCGACAUUGUCGAGUUGCAAGAGGAGCGAGCGGCCGAGAUCAUCAAGGCAGAGUUGCCGGACUGUGACGUCGUUUGCUCCAAAGACAUAGCCAAUCUGGGAUUUCUAGAGCGUGAAAACGCAUCCAUUCUGAACGCAUCCAUUCUCGCCUUUGCCAGAAUGACCAUCAGGUCGUUUCAAGAGCCCUUCAAGACGCUCGGCCUGCGCUGCCCCAUCUUCUUCACGCAAAAUGACGGCACCGUGUUGACGGGAGACGGGGCAGCGCGACUUCCCAUACGUACAUUUUCAAGUGGUCCUACGAACAGCAUGAGGGGUGCUGCCUUCCUGGCCCAUGGGAUGUUGUCCGAGGCGGUCAUGGUCGUGGACAUUGGCGGAACGACAACCGACGUGGGGCUGCUGCAAGCCAACGGUUUUCCACGUCAACAGGCGGCAUACAGCGAGCUCGCCGGGAUCCGCAUGAACUUUUCCUGCCCCGACGUGAAAAGUAUCGGUCUUGGAGGGGGCUCCGUUGUUCGAACAAACGAUCCACUCACCAUCGGACCGGACAGUAUCGGCCGCAAACUAACACAAGACUCGCUCGUGUUUGGUGGCAAUGUUCUCACGGCAACGGACUGCACCGUACAGACAAAGCUGCAUCUUGAUGUAGGCGACGGAAGUCUCGUCAAAGGAAUUCUGAGCGCAGAAGAAUGUGAAGCUUUCCAGGACCUUGUCCGACGGAAGCUUGAAAAGGCCAUUGAUACGAUGAAGACAUCGCCCGAUGAAAUACCCGUCCUCCUCGUUGGCGGCGGUGCGGUCAUCGCGCCGGACGAGUUGAAGGGGGCCAGCAGAGUCCUAAAACCGAAAUGGUCGCAGGUUGCGAACGCAAUCGGUGCUGCCGUCGCUAGGGUAAGUGUCGUGGUGGACACGGUGCAGUCCACCGAGACGAGGUCAACGAGUGAGUGGUUCGAGGAAGUCAGCCAGCGGGCCAUUCAAAAAACCAUCGCUGCUGGCGCCCUGCCGUCUUCGGUGGAGGUGGUCGAGAAGGAUGCUCUCCCGCUCCAAUAUAUUGCUCACAAGACACGCUUCAUCGUUCGUGCGGCUGGCGAUUUCGAUCCCUCGAGGAGCCACUCGGCCUUGCUGCUCCCCGAACAGUCCUCCGGUGGACCCCAAAAUACGAGCGAGUUCGAGAACACGGCGAACAGAGUCCCUGCUGAGGUAUUCACCGCCAAGGCGAGUCAGGAGCUUGACCUUUACGCAUAUCGGCCCAAGGUCGUGAACAGAGUAUGGUACGUUUCAGAGACCGAUUUGAGCUGGAUCACGACAGGCUGCUAUAUCCUCGGUACCGGGGGCGGCGGCUCCCCGUACUCGUCCAUGAUCCGUCUGCGGUCGGACCUGCGUAAAGGAGCCAUCGUUCGCAUCGUACACCCGCACGAUUUGAAGGAUGAUGACCAGGUUGGCUGCGGCGGUGGCGUUGGCAGCCCGACGGUGGGCAUCGAGAAGUUGGCGGCGGACGAGCUGAUGGAAGCGCAAAACGAACUCUACAAAAUAUGCCCUCGUCCAGCCACGCACAUGAUUGCCAUUGAGAUCGGCGGCGCCAAUGGCCUUGGAGGGAUGCAGCUUGCGGCGAGCAGCUACAUGAACGUUCCCGCCGUCGACGGCGACUGGAUGGGUCGCGCGUACCCAACAAAGUGGCAGACGACGCCGGUGGUGUUCAACGAGAGAAGCCCGAUCUGGUCCCCCAUCUCGAUGUCGGACGGAAACGGCAAUGUCGUCGUCAUGCCCAAGGCGAGCUCGGACAGGCAAGUCGAGCGCAUCAUGCGCGCGGCACUUUGCGAAAUGGGGUCCCACACAGGCUGCGCAGAAGCGCCCGUGUCGGGAGCCGAGACAAAGCGUUGGGUGGUGGAACACACGAUAUCGCAAUCCUGGAGGAUCGGAAGGGCCGUCGCUCGUGCGAGAAGAGAGAAUCGCGUCGACAACGUGGCCGAGACGAUCAUCGAAGAAUGCGGCGGCAGGAGUGCCGGCAAAGUGUUGUGGAAGGGAAAGAUUAUCGGUGUGGAACGACGUCUGAGAUCCGGCUACGUCUACGGUGAGUGCAUGAUCGAGGGUGCUAAUGUCAGAGGAGACGAUGUGCCUACCGCCCGAGGCAAGACCGAACCGUCCUUCCAGGGGAUCAUCAAGAUUCCCUUCAAGAACGAAAACAUUGCCGUUCUCCGCAUGGGCAAAGCGAGCGGAGAGGAGGAGCAAGCGGACGUGCUUGCGAUUGUGCCGGAUCUCAUCACCGUCAUCGACGCGCACAAUGGCGAGGCGAUUGGAACGCCAGAGUACAGGUACGGCUUGCUCGUCGUCGUCCUGGGUCUUGCGGCUAGCGACAAGUGGACGUCAACAGAGCGAGGGAUCCAGCUCGGAGGACCAGAGAGCUUCGGCUUCGACCACCUCAAGUACACCCCCUUGGGCGUUUUCGAGAAGCCAAAGAGUGUGAUUGAUGAGUAUGACGAGCAAUCUUGA